AAGAGAGAUAAAUGUCUUGAUCUAUUUUGUUUGCGAUUUCUAAGCUUUUGCGAAUUCUAAGCUCUUUCUCUGAGAGCAUCAUGCGUAUCGUGAUUUUAUUCGUUGAUGUCAUGUUAAGUCUGUACGAGUAAAGAAGAUAAGUGGAAAGCCGGGAACGCAAUAAAAAGAACAGAACAGAUUGGUGCUUGUAUACCGACUGUCACAGAUUUAAACCAAAAAGCUUCCACCGAGGACGCAUAAAUGUUUUAUCGUCAAAUUGUGUCCAAUGUGACCGGAGUUAUCUCAUCGGAUCUCAUUUGUAACUACAGAACUACUGUUCGGCCUCAAACUCUAAAAUCAAAAUAGAGUCAUGUGGUGUUCCAUGUUCUUCCACCUCUUAGUAUUUUGGGCGGGAAGAGUGGAGUCCGCCAAGAUUCUUAUGUCCGGGGUCCUGGGAGAGGGGAGCCACUUCACAGCAUUGGUUCCAAUCGGAAGAAGUUUAGUGCAACAGGGACACAGUGUCACCUUUCUAAUCAGUGAGGAAUACUCGUAUCGGGCAAGGGAUCCUGAGCUUUCCAGGCUCUUCGAAUUCGAAAUAUUUCAUUACAACGACGAAACAUUGAAUGCGAAUGAGUUCUUUCGCGGUUUUGCACAGAUAGGAGUGGAAGGGAGCAAUGGAUUCAUUCAAUUGCUGCAGACCUACAGCAUAGGGAGAAGAGUUCAGGUUGAUAUGUGUGAAUCAGUCCUGGAAGACAAGGCAAUGAUGAGCAGACUAGCAACCAUGGACGCCAUAGUCUUCGAGCUACCAUGGCCAUGCAGCAUAUUCAUCAAAUCCUACAUCGAAAGACACCUGAAUGCUGCUGAUGUCCGCAUGGUUCUUUCUUCGGCGACGGCACCUGUGUCUACAAUGUUCUUGAUGGCUGGAUCACCGUUCAACCCUGCCUAUCAGCCUGCAAGUUACACCAGUUACUCUUCAUCCAUGACGUUCUUUCAGAGGAUGAUCAACAGCGCGUAUUCGCUUGUCCUCACUUCCAUCAUGGAGUUUAUCAUGAGGAACGCUUAUAAACAGACGGUUGAAAAAUUCGACCUGCAUCCAAAUAUGGCCUCUUUAUCCGGUUCGCACGAGUACAUUGACCUCUUCCUGACCAAUUGCGAUUUUGCCACAGAGUUUCCGUUCCCUCUGAUGCCCAAUGUUAUCGCUGUAGGUGGCCUCACAGCCCGGGCAGCCAUGCCUCUUGAACCAGAGCUGGAAGACUUCAUGCAGAGUUCUGGUGAUCAUGGUGUGGUCGUGUUCUCAAUGGGAUCCUACUUCGCGUCCUUCACCACUCACAGACAGGAUCUCAUGAAGAUGAUCCUUGAAGCCCUUUCCCGAAUGCCGCAGAAGGUUGUUAUGCAGAUCAAAGACCCAACAUUGUACAGUCUUCCAGAAAAUGUGAAAGCAAUGCCCUGGAUUUCUCAAAACGACCUCCUAGGGCAUCCUAAGACAAAGGCCUUUUUGUUUCACGCUGGUAACAAUGGAUACCUUGAGGCUCUCUACCAUGGUGUGCCUAUGGUCGUCAUCCCCAUAUUCGGAGACCAUAUUGACGUCACAGUAAGAAUUUUAUCACGUGGUCUUGGUUUAAUGAUAAGCAAAGAUAACAUAAGUGCCGAUUACUUGCAGCAUCAGCUUCAGGAGGUCCUCGCGAAUUCUUCGUACGACGCCACGGCCAAACGCCUGUCCGCCAUCUUUAGAGAUCGACCAUUGGGACCAGCUGACCGAGCUGCAUUCUGGAUUCAACAUGUGAUUAAACAUGGCGGAAAUUACAUGCGAUCUCCGGCUCAUGACCUGUCUUUCAUCCAGUAUCAUUUGAUUGAUAUUGGGUUAUUUAUGUUGUUGAUGACGUGUUUGGCAUUCUACGUCCCCUUUUUGUUUCUUGGAAGGUGUUUCAGUCAUACGAGUGAAAGCCAAUCGAAAUGUAAAUCUGAUUAACAACAAUCUGAGGUGAUAAACAAUCUAUCGAAUUGUUGGAAGAUAAUUGUAUUGCACUUCAUAGGUAAUGGAGUAACGAAUAAACCUUUUUUUCUUAAAAGAAUGGGCAUAACGGUCACCGGAUCACCUGACUCGAAAAAUAACAUUAUCAGUGUUAACAUACACGGCGACAAAAAUAAGAAGAAAAAAAAUUAUACUGUAGAUUAUUGUUUUAUCGUGAAAUGAAAUGGAAGAACAAAAGUGCAUAUAGAAUCGAUUCUUCGCUUCAUGGUUUUUGUCCUAUGGGGAGCCAUGAGUACACCUACCGACCUUUAUUCUCUCAUUUUCCUUUCAAAAUUUAUUCAAUGUUUCGUUCUUUUUAAUACACGGUGGCCCAAUAUAACGGACUAGGAUACUUCCAUUAAUAUGGGCUCGAAAUCACUUGUAAAGGCGGAAAGAGAUUUCCUUUUUAACAUGAAAAAAUGAUAACAAGAUUGGCAAAUUUGGUCGAGGGUUUUUUUGCUUAGGGAGAAUUAUUGUGAUGCAAGAUAGGAGUUCAAAUUUGUCUAAUUCAUCCAAUGAAACUGCGUUUUAAACGAUUCGUACAAUUUUCAUCUCCGUGUUUAAUAGGUCAUUAAAAACGUCUGAAAAAAUA